AUGGCGGACUUCCUGCCGUCGCGCUCGGUGCUGUCGGCGUGCUUCCCGGGCUGCGUGCUGACGAGCGGCGAGGCCGAGCAGCAGCGCAAGUCCAAGGAGAUCGACAAGUGCCUGUCGCGCGAGAAGACCUACGUGAAGCGCCUCGUCAAGAUCCUGCUGCUGGGCGCCGGCGAGAGCGGCAAGUCCACCUUCCUCAAGCAGAUGCGCAUCAUCCACGGCCAGGACUUCGACCAGCGCGCGCGCGAGGAGUUCCGCCCCACCAUCUACAGCAACGUCAUCAAAGGUAUGAGAGUGCUGGUAGAUGCCCGGGAGAAGCUUCAUAUUCCUUGGGGAGAUACCUCGAACCAACUCAACGGGGACAAGAUGAUGGCAUUUGACACCCGGGCCCCCAUGGCGGCCCAAGGAAUGGUAGAAACGCAACUUUUUUUACAAUAUCUUCCUGCUAUCCGAGCAUUAUGGGCAGAUAGUGGCAUCCAGAAUGCCUAUGACCGGCGCCGGGAAUUUCAGCUGGGUGAAUCUGUAAAAUAUUUCCUGGAUAACUUGGAUAAACUUGGAGAAUCAAAUUACAUUCCAUCCCAACAAGAUAUUCUACUUGCCAGAAGACCCACCAAGGGCAUCCACGAGUACGACUUUGAAAUUAAAAAUGUUCCUUUCAAAAUGGUCGAUGUUGGUGGUCAGAGGUCCGAAAGAAAGCGCUGGUUUGAGUGCUUCGACAGUGUGACAUCAAUACUUUUCCUCGUCUCCUCGAGUGAAUUCGACCAAGUGCUCAUGGAGGACCGACUGACCAAUCGCCUCACAGAGUCUCUGAACAUUUUUGAAACGAUCGUCAAUAACCGGGUUUUCAGCAAUGUCUCCAUCAUCCUCUUCUUAAACAAGACAGAUUUGCUUGAGGAGAAAGUGCAAAUUGUGAGCAUCAAGGACUAUUUCUUGGAAUUCGAAGGGGACCCCCACUGCUUAAGAGACGUGCAAAAAUUCCUGGUGGAGUGUUUCCGUAGCAAACGCCGGGACCAGCAGCAGAAGCCCCUGUACCACCACUUCACCACGGCCAUCAACACGGAGAACAUCCGCCUGGUCUUCCGCGACGUGAAGGACACAAUUCUUCACGACAACCUCAAGCAGCUCAUGCUGCAGUGAUGGACGGACAGGAGACGGCUGCUUCCCUCCCCCUCUUUCAUUGAUUGUUUCUGUUCGUUUUGUUCUUAAAAUAGCAGUUUACAAUAGGAAUUAGGAAAAGAAAAAAAAUUAUUUUGAUUCUGUUUAACUCCCGAGAAAUCUUAGUCCUCCUGUGUCCUCGGGUCUGUGGCUGAAAGCUGCUGCAUAACAAAAACACAACCCGUCCUGAAGUUCAGGUCGACUGGGUUUUGCCCUGGCUUCCCUUUUAGGGAAGGUGUCAUUUCCUGCCAUCACUUAGCUGAGAUCUGUUUCAAGCUUUACAUUCUCGGACUUGGCCAACCGAAUCCACCUGUUCAUGCCAAGUCGAGAAGGUGCCCUUCCGUGGUCCAUGGGUAUGCGGUUAAGAAUAUUCUCCCGCUUGACCCGAGUAAGAUCCUUUGCAUCUACCCUACACAUUAGCAGCAACACUUGUGCCUGGUUUUUCCCUGUCGUGAAAGGGCUCUUGGGGGGAACAGUGUGGUCUACCAAGUUCUACUCCUGAGCCCCAAUUCCCCUUCCUGUUCUUUCUGAGAUCCACAGCCAUUUUGUUUUUGUUACUCCAAAAGUCUUUGGUUUCUGAAGGUAGUGCUCUUAGAGUUUUUAAAGUUUACAUGCAGAUUUGUGGUUGAUGCCAAUUGAAAGCUCACUGUGGUACAGGGGAGCCAAGGGCAAGCAGAUGUAGAGCUCGCCUUCUGAUGCGGAUCCGUGAGAGAAAGGAGAGCUGAGCGUCCCUCUUUCUGUGGGCAACCUUGUCCUUCCAGUGCCCCCCUGAGACAUGCUGAAGAGGACAGACAAGCUGGUGGCCUUGCUGUCUCAGGACCUGCCCUUUCCAGAGUGGGAAGCUUGAUCUCAGACACCCAAGUCCUGUCUCUGGGACGUGGUUGCUUCCCGGGGGUGUGUUUGUUGUACCUGAAAGCUGCAUCUUUGCUCUCCUGCCCAUUCCCUUCAGCUCUGCUCCAGCAAAUGAGGGACUUUUUUUCUCUUUAAUUAGGAGGGUGCCAAGGGCAAUCUUUUUUUCCUGUCAGUUCACGUAGGCAUUAUUUGAGAUUCCUAUUUAUUCUUGGUGUGUCUCUAAAACUGUAGUUUGUACGUGUUUUGUAUCAUUGUUCGUGAAAAGCCCUGCUUUACUGAGGUACAUUUUUGAAUGUUUCUUUUUGGAUUCACACCUAAAGAGGAUUACACACCACUUCCUCCUCCACUUUCCCAGUGGACACGCAUCCGUGUGGUAGCUCUGUCUGGCAUCAGCUGUUGGUCCUUGGCGAGCGAGUCUGGCAGAGGGGCUGGUUUGGGCGGGACUGAGCGCGCUGCCUCCUAGCUUGGGGUAGUCGGAGAAGUGGCACAGAAGAGCGGAGAGGCCGAGGCCAGGCUGAUGGCGGGACAUUCUGACCACUUGUCUCCAUUUCCUGAAAAUCAUGAUUCUGACUGUGAUAUUCGUCCCUUUACUGUACAGCUGACCGUUCUCAGGUAUUCUGCUGGCUCUUCAGUCCUUCACAAGUGGGUCAGAGUUAGAGAUCACCCAGCUUGGCUGGGACCAUGGCCCUGGUUCCAUCAUGCCCAGCACUCAGCGAGGAGGGCCCUCAGGAGCUAACCAGGGCGGUUCUUCCCACAUCUGCCUUGUUCUACCUUAGCCGUGUCAGUGGCCAGGACAAGAGAAUUCCCUGCCUUGGAAAUGCACAAGCUGCUGCCGCCGCAUCCUAGCAUCAUAAGCUCCUAAGCAACUGCUCACAGUCGAGCCCAUGCAUGCUUGACUAGUCCUGCCACUAGUGCUUCUUUGCCAAAAGAGAGUAAGUUAGGCUUCAUCCACGGAUUCGAAGAAUUCAGCUGUGAGGUAUAUCUGAAUACGUGCACGCACGGUAAUGUUGGGACUCUGCUCUGGUAGUCAACUGGUAAAUGGAACCCAGAGUUUCAUUGAAUAGCCAUAACUUGGACUUUCUGAACUCCAGUGUAGGCCAAAGUAAGAAUUCUGUGUAAAAAAGGAAACUUAGUCUUAUUUAAGUUAUAUUUAAGGUCACAUCUGUGAAUAUAAGAAGUCGUGCCCGGCAAAGCACACAUCACCCACAUUUCCUCCCCUGUUGAUUCCCACCAAGAAAUAUCAAG